AGAAUGUGGCAGUGUAAGAGAGGAUCAAAAUCGUAGUGUUAUGUAUCACGGGUCAAUUGUGACUGACUGAUCUACAAAUAAUAAUGAGUAGUUAGUUACGAUGCAGUGUUCUUUGUAGAUCAGUCAGUCGGCAGUCUUCUGCAAUGUCGAACAUGCUCCAUUAUCAUUGUAGCAAGCUGCUUUGACAACAUUCGCUACAUUGUUGCCAGUGGCAGUAGCCUUACUGUACAUGACGCCCCUAGUGGCCUGUCUCUCUAGCUAGCGUGAACCGCAAUAGCAAGCCGUUUGAUUAAAAGAAAACAUCCUUUUGAUACGUAAUUUUAUUGUUAAUCCAAAUAAGGAUAUAACAUAUAGUCAUGAAUCUUCGGGGAUUCUUUCAAGACUUCAAUCCCAGUAAAUUCCUCAUCUAUGCCUGUCUGUUGCUGUUCUCUGUUCUACUGUCCUUGCGUCUGGAUGGCAUCAUCCAUUGGAGCUAUUGGGCUGUGUUUGCCCCCAUUUGGCUAUGGAAGCUAAUGGUUAUCAUCGGUGCCUCAGUUGGCACAGGCGUCUGGUCCCAUAACCCACAGUACAGGGCUGAGGGUGAAACCUGUGUGGAGUUCAAGGCCAUGCUGAUAGCGGUUGGGAUCCACCUACUCCUGCUCACCUUUGAGGUUCUGGUGUGUGACCGUGUGGCGAGGGGCACCCACUUCUGGCUGCUGGUCUUCAUGCCCCUCUUCUUUGUCUCGCCUGUCUCUGUUGCAGCAUGUGUGUGGGGCUUCCGCCAUGAUCGCUCUCUAGAGUUGGAGAUCUUGUGCUCGGUCAAUAUUCUCCAGUUUAUCUUCAUUGCCCUGCGACUGGAUAAAAUCAUCAGUUGGCCAUGGCUGGUCGUCUGUGUGCCACUGUGGAUCCUCAUGUCCUUCCUGUGCCUUGUGGUGCUCUACUACAUGGUGUGGUCAGUGCUCUUUCUGCGGUCUAUGGACGUCAUCGCAGAGCAACGGCGCACUCACAUCACCAUGGCGAUCAGCUGGAUGACAAUCGUUGUACCCUUGCUCACUUUUGAGAUCCUGUUGGUCCAUAAAUUGGAUGGCCACUACAGCUCCAGCUAUGUGUCCGUUUUCGUACCUCUCUGGGUAUCCCUGGUGACUCUGAUGGCCACAACCUUUGGCCAGAAAGGAGGCAACCACUGGUGGUUUGGCAUCCGAAAAGAUUUCUGCCAGUUUCUUCUUGAGCUCUUUCCCUUCCUACGGGAGUAUGGGAACGUUUCUUAUGACCUGCACCAUGAGGACCCUGAGGUGUGCGAGGAGAUGCCUGCACACGACCCGCCAAAAAUAGCCCCGAUGUUCAGCAAAAAAAAUGGUGUGGUGAUCACACAGAGCCCAGGGAAGUACUUUGUGCCGCCUCCAAAACUGUGCAUUGACAUGCCUGACUAAAUGAAAGCUUUGCAACAACUGCUCUAGUAGAGCUUUGAUGGACUUCAAAUGCACCAGACAGCUGGAUAAGUAUUUUUUACAACCACAUAUCGAUUUUUUUAUGGAAAUGGAAUGUUCUAGAAGGUUAAGUAGAUACUUACCCCAAACGGCAAAUCACUCCCUCAAUAUUGUUGUGCAGUAUGGGUGCCCUGAAAAAACGUGAACAAAGGCUCCAAAAACACCCAAAUAUGGCCUUUUAGAAAUGGCAUAUAACAUUGCGGAUAAAGUUCGGGAUGAUGCGAUUUCACGUGUACAUAUCUAAAUACCUGCGUCACUAUACUGAGAGCUUUACCGUUUCUAAAGUAACCUAUUUUGGUGUUUUUGGAGCAUUCAUGUUUUUUUCUGGCCAUAUUGCACAACGAGGAUGAGGAAGUGAUUUGCUGUUUGUGGUAAGUUUCUCAAAAACAAGUAGAAUCACAAAUAAAAAGGUAGCUGGACCCUUCUAUAACAUGCCAUUUACAUCAGAAAUAGAGAUUUGAUUGUAAAAAAGAAGAAGAAGAGCAUAGCUUUCCAUGUAAGUCACUCCUAGUGAGUGAUGGGACCUGGUGGGACCGGAAUUUGGACAUGUUUUUUUCUGAAAACAAAAAUCCAUGGCAGAGUAUGUGGAACAAAAGGCACUCUUAUAUCAACGUGUGUUUUUCCAUUGUAUUGGCAGUGGAAAUAAUUAGUUUAUUUUCAUUGAUUUUAUGUGAUAUACUGUAUAGUACUUUCUAUUUUCCUUGUGAUGUUCUGGCCGCCAACAAAAUAUCUCCAAAGCGUUCAUCCUCUUUUAUAAUUCAGAUAUAUCUUUCACCUUAUUCCAGUUGAAGAUACAUUUUGUUGUAUGUUUGUCAAAUGACCCAAACCCUGAUUUAUUUGUAUUUUUUUUGUAUCAAAGCUCAAAUACUAUAUGUUAAGAUGACAACACGAUCAUGCUAAUUAGUCUAACCUUUUUAAACCUAAGAUUAGCUUGCUACUUGGGUAUAUUUGUUUAUUAAAUUAUUUAACUUCUC